CGAAAGAGGGCCUAUGUAAGAUGCCGUCAUUGAGCUUCUCCCUUUCCUAUUUAUCUAGCUAGCGAUUGAAAAUAGAUCCAUCGAUAUUUGAGAUAGCUAGUUGGAUCGAUCGAUCGAUCGGGAUAGAGAUAGAAAGAUCGGCAUUGCGAGCUGCGAAUCAAGAUUAUGGCGCUGGCAAUGCUCAUCCUCUACGCUCUUCUCCUCUCUCAAGCAGCGGCAAGAUCGCUGCUCUCCUCAUCCCCCUCUUCUCUAUCCAAUGCAGCUCCAUUGGAUCUUCCAGCGGCGCGAUACAAGCCCUUCCGCCCCUACUGGAAGGACAAGGAAGCGAUAAUCUCCAAGAUCCAAGGCGGCGGCGGCGGCAUAUUUGGGGCUUCCAAGGCGUUCGAGGGCUCCUCCGAGUACGUCAAGAUGCGCUACCAUAUGGGGCCAGUGCUCUCCCAGCAAAUGCACAUCUACAUCGUCUGGUAUGGCCGCUGGAAAUCCUCGGACAAAUCCAUCAUCCGCGACUUCCUGGCCUCGGUCUCAUCCCCGCAAUCCGCCGCGGUGCCGCAGCCAUCCGUCCAGCGCUGGUGGAGCACCGUCCGCCUCUACACGGAUCAAACGCUCCAGAACAUCACCAGCCAGCUGGUGGUGGCGGGCGAGCACAACGUCGACUACUCCCACGGCCACAGCCUCACGCGGCUCACCAUGCAGGAGGUCCUCAAGGGUGCGCUGGCCGAGAACAACGGUACGCUGCCCGUCAACCCGCGCCGCGGAAUAUACCUCAUCCUUACCGCCGGCGACGUCGUGGUCCAGGACUUCUGCCGCGCGGUAUGCGGCUUCCACUACUUCUCCUUCCCGUCCAUCGUCGGCUACACGCUUCCGUACGCGUGGGUGGGCCACUCCGAGAAGCAGUGCCCCGAGGUGUGCGCCUACCCGUUCGCGGUGCCGUCCUACAUGACGCACACCACGCCCAUGAGGCCGCCCAACGCCAGCCCCGCGGUGGACGGCAUGGUGAGCGUGGUCGCGCACGAGCUGGCGGAGAUCUCAUCCAACCCGUUGAUCAACGCGUGGUACGCCGGGGAGGAUCCGACGGCGCCCACCGAGAUCGCGGACCUGUGCGAGGGCAUGUACGGAACCGGUGCCGGCGGCGGCUACGCGGGUGCCGUGCUGACCGACGCCCGGAGCGGCGUGAAUUAUAACAUGCAUGGGGUGAAUGGGCGGAGGUUCCUGGUGCAGUGGAUCUGGGAUCCGGUUCUCAGCGCUUGCCACGGCCCAAACGCCUCGGAUUGAUGAUGAAUCCCGCGAGAAAGUUUUGGAUCACUGUUGGAUGGAUUGGAUCCAUUCGCUACUACUACUACACUUGCUCGUGAUAGCAAGGACUAUGGAUUUGGAGCAAGAGACGAGGCAGGGGGGCUCAAAACAAGAGCUUUUUGUUUUGAUUCCAUCCAUCCGCGCUUGUAUAUAUGUUACACCUUUCCUA